AUGCUGCUCCUAGACUAUCAGAACGUCUUGCUGCAGUCGGUGCUGACUGAGAGAUUCUCUGGAGCACCGCCGGCCUCCAUUGACCAGACUGUCUCCGACUUUGACGGCGUUACCUUUCACAUAUCGACUCCCGAAACGAAGUCCAAGAUCCUUGUGUCUAUUCAGAUCCGCUGCUACAAGGAGCUUGUUCAAUACGGCGCCGAGCAGGUCCUCCAGCGCGAGUAUGGCCAGUAUGUCGUGCCACCGGAAAGCGGCUACGACUUCUCCAUCCUGGUUGACUUGGAGGAUUUGCCCGCCGAGAAAGAGGAGCGGGAUGAGCUCGUCCAGAAGAUCUCCUUGAUGAAGCGCAAUGCCAUGGCUGCCCCGUUCGAACAUGCCUACACGAAACACUACAAACUGAGGGAAGAGGCGUCCAAAUACACGAGUGAAGAAGCACCGCAAGGCGUUCGAGAGGGAGGGGACGUUAUGGCCAUUCACUACCGUGAUGAGGAGGCUAUAUACGUCAAGGCGAGCCACGAUCGAGUGACUGUCAUCUUCAGCACUGUCUUUCGGGAAGAAACAGACCGGGUCUUUGGCAAAGUCUUCAUUCAAGAAUUCGUCGAUGCCCGAAGACGAGCUAUUCAGAAUGCCCCACAGGUGCUGUUCCGGAACGAGCCACCUCUCGAGCUCCAAGGGGUUCCUGGAGUCAAGACCGAUGCAGGAGGAGAGAUCGGUUAUGUCACGUUUGUCCUAUUUCCACGACACUUGACGCCUCAGCGUAUGCUGGAUGUCAUCUCCCACAUCCAAACUUUUCGAGACUACUUCCACUACCACAUCAAGGCAUCCAAGGCAUACAUCCAUUCCCGUAUGCGAAGAAGAACAGCGGACUUCCUCCAAGUUCUUCGACGUGCUAGACCAGAGAAUGAAGAGAAGGAGAGGAAGACCGCAAGUGGAAGAACCUUCAAGGUCCAGGGGGCUUGA